AUCGGAUCAACGUUAGCUUGCAGCGCAGCACCAUACUAUUAAGGCUGCCUUCUUUUAGGCUGUUUCCGGAGGGCACCUGACAGUUAAAUCAAACUUCUUGAGGCUGUUUUUAGGAGAACUGAUCGUAGUUAAAUAAACGUUUAGUCUGUUUUCAGUUGUGCAGCUAGCGGUUUAUCAGCUAACUUUGGGAGCUAACGUAAACAGCACCACUGUGAUUUGACUGCUCGGGAGGAGGACGACUGGAGACAUGUCUUCAGACGAAGACAGGGCCAAGGAAAUUUUGAAGGGCUUCAAACUAAACUGGAUGAACCUUCGAGAUGCAGAGACGGGCAAAGUACUGUGGCAGGGGACUGAAGACCUCUCGGUUCCUGGCGUAGAACAUGAAGCUCGUGUCCCAAAGAAGAUCCUCAAGUGUAAAGCCGUUUCCAGAGAACUCAACUUUUCCUCCUCGGAGAAGCUGGAGAAGUUCCGUCUGGAGCAGAAGGUGUUCUUCAAAGGACAGUGUCUAGAAGAGUGGUUCUUUGAGUUUGGCUUUGUAAUCCCAAACUCCACCAAUACAUGGCAGUCUCUGAUAGAAGCAGCCCCCGAGUCCCAGAUGAUGCCUGCUAACGUCUUAACCGGUAACGUGAUUAUUGAGACCAAGUUCUACGACGACGACCUCCACGUGAGCACAUCGCGGGUACGUCUCUUCUACGUCUGAUGUCUAUCCACCGUCCCAUUCCGCCGAGAUCAAACAACGCCACUUUAGGUCCGGUCGUCUGUGGCUCACUGCGCACACAACGUGUGCUUCUUGUUUCCUGUUGACCCGACCAGCAAGAGGAGCGCGCACAUCUCUUUGUGACUGUAAAUACACGAGCACUGAUCCCAAGUCAGCCACGCACUCCUUUUGUACAGUCAACUGUUUCCUCUUUCACUCCCAAGGUUGCAUUUUCUCAGGAACCAAACGUCUCACUUGUAACCUUUUUAUGCUCUCAUUGCUUUGUGUGUCUCUCCUCUUCAUCGAUGUUCCAUGUUAGAGAUAGGUAGACAUGUUGUUCCAAGGCAGAAGAAAGUUUAUUGUUUCUCUCUUGUACACCUCCACGAUGGAGGAUGAUGGUCUCUGUGAGGCCCAGUAUGGAGGCAUCAGUCUAAAUCAUCUAAAAUAAAUCACACAUGAAGUCGUCUUCACAUGGAAAAAAAAAAGUGGGAGCAUAUCCACGGCGAAUCAAACGUCUCCUGACUGACCACCAACGGAGAUGCUGCUUCCUGUUUGAUGGCAACACAUUGGUUUGCGGUACAUUGGUCAGCAAGGUGAAUCAAUGAUUGCAUUCUUUUAUGUGCUCCUACUUUCAUCUUCCUCCAUGCUCGGCUGCAGACUAGUCUGACAUGGUCCAUAGUGUUAACAUGCUACUUUUUGGCUUCCAUGUGUUUUUGUUUUCUUCGCUUUUUUUUUAGCUGCUAACUACACUGUAAUAUAGACCGGUGUUUUAAUAAAACCAUGUUGUUGUAA